AACAUAAAAUACAUAAAAAAAAUAUCCGAAUAAAAAUAUAAAUAGAGGCAAUAGUAUUUAAGGAGAAAAUUUGCGAGUAUUAUCCGCAUUUGUUCGCUGAGUUCGAACCUAUUCACAAGUCUAUAAGAUGGAAAACAAUCUGAAGGACUUAGCCUCAGACGACGAAAAAAUUACAUCUGAACAAGUGCCUGAAGAUGCGCCUGUUUCUGCAAAUGAGCGACCCAAGCGUGGUAAGCCCGAUCUGGAUGGGAAAGCCGGUUCUUCGAGUAAACCGUCGACUGCUCAGAAACUCAAAAAGUUCAUCUGUAAAAGAAGGAAAAUCGAAAAAUCUUCACAAGCUCCGUUAGCAUCAGGUGUUGAAUUUUCAUCGUCUGGAACAUCUUCAUCGUCGGCAUCAUCAUCCGACAACGAAGGGGCUCAUGGAACAGACCUUACCGCAGUUUGUGAUCUUAUGGACCACCUUUUUCCAGAUCAUUUGCUAAAUGGUUGUAUCGUGUUUAAUAAGGGGUUCGGAGGAAAGUCUUACUUGCAAUGUACGACAAUCGGUGAAGAAAUUACCAUCACCAUUGGCGGAAAUUCGCUUUUUGAGUUCAUUUUAAUGAACAGAAGUCAGUUUGGCGAGUUUUUGAAAGUGUUGAAUGAAAUGAAAAUCGAGUGUCACAAUCUCUUCGAUUUGGACGGACCUUUAGACUUAACUACUAGACAAUAGGAUUUUAGUUAAAUAUGAAUAAAAUGUUUCCUGCACACACAAAAAUUGUUCAAUCUUAUUUAUUUCUAGGUGAUAACGACGGGAAACCUGACGGUAUCACUAACGCUCAAAAGGUCUUUUUCGCAGUAUUCGGAAUUUCACCUACACCAAAACCUGCCGGCACUAAUCAAAUCGGUUGGCCCGAUAGAGGAUUCGAACUUAGUGACCAGGGUGCAUUUGUGAGGAAAGACUAUUUUGUAAUGUGCACACUGAAAUAUUGGUAUACCGAAAUCCCGAAAAUUUUGAAAAGGAACUUUAAGAUCAUAAAGAAAUGCAAUUAUGAGAAACAAGCU